AUGAUACUUCUCCACCCGCUAACAGCAGCAGGCUCAUCACCAAAUAAUAUCAUCAAUAAGUUCAACACCCGCUACCAGAUCGAAGCAGCUUCAACAUCCGCUAGAAUCAGUAAGCUCAACACCAAACAACAGCAAGUUCAACACCCGUUACCAGCGAGCCCAGCACUUCCUACCAGCGGAAAUCCGAGCACCAGCUUCUACCAGUCAAUAGCGAACCCAGCACCUACUACCAGACGCGAUCCUAGCAUCUCCUAUCAGUAG